AUGAUUAUUGGCAUUUUGGAAGAAUACAUUCCCACGGGAGUACUAUCUGAUUUACGGGGGUUGGAGGAUGGGGAUGUGGAGGCUUCGACGGAAAGGAGAAAGAAGUGGGGAGCUCAGGUUCGGGAGACAGUUGAUUUACUUCAUGAGAUUGGGGUCAUAUGGGGGGAUGGAAAGCCGCAUAAUGUGCUUAUUCAUAAGGAAACCGAUGAUGCUUGGGUGAUUAAUUUUGGGGGUAGCUAUACUGAGGGAUGGGUUGAUGAGGAGUUGAUGGAAACUCUGGAAGGUGAUGAGCAGGCGGUUGAUAGAAUCCUCGAAUUCUUGAAUAUUUGA